AUGGCCUGGUACUCUCUUCUCCCACCAGACCUCAUCUAUCUCGAAAGCUGGGCGGUCCGGGUUUUCUUUGUCCUCGGACUCCUCACCAUCGUCCCCUGGGCCGCCCUUCUCGUCUUCGAUAUCGUCCUAUACAUCUGCCGGAUGACAACGUAUGAGUUCCCUGUGAUUGGUGGUCGGGCGCAGGGCAUGCAGAGACCUCGCGCGCCAAGUCUCAAUGAGCGGCCAAGCGGCCAGCGGAGAGUGUUUGGGUUGCGCGGGGUAGAGAUGGACAGUCCCGGAGAUGAUGUCUAUACUGAGGAGAAGGAGGGGUUGAGUUAUAUGAAGUUCAAGGAUGGGGAUGGGGAGGUCAAGUGGAGAAGUCCGAGGGAGAGAGUGGCUAAUACGACCUGA